AUGGCGCCGACGCCGGCAACACAACCACCGCUGCCCGUGCGCUCUUCGUUCCGCCGCGUGGGGCACUGCACACAGGCGCCGCCGCUACGCAGAUGGCAGGCGCGGGCGGCGCCGAGGAGGAAGGCGCCGUCGACCAAACGGCCAUACAUCGGUGCCGCCUCCGUCACGUCGCCGAAGAAAGCGAAGGCGCCCGCCUCCCGCCGCCCGCAGCCUCCGCCGCCUCCUCCACUGACGAACCAGACGCCGCCGUCGCCUCCGUCCGGCAACCCCGCGGGCGCACAUACGGUGCAUGAUGAAAUGCCGGAGAGAGUCGAUGAUGAUACAUUCAUGGAGACAAUGAAUGUUGGAUCUUCGUUCAUGCAUGAUGAAGCCGUUGAGGGAUAUGAAGAAUAUGAGGAUGUCGAUGAGGAAGGAGAAGGGUUGAUUAAACCUCGUCAUCCCGGUCGGCCGACAUUUGGAGGAGGCAUGACCGGCAUGGGAGGCAUGGCCGGCAUGGGAAGCAUGCCCAUCCCCGCCAUGGGAGGCAUGGCCGGCAUGGGAGGCUAUGGAGGCAUGGCCGGCAUUAGAGGAUCAAGCUAUGGAGGAGUGUUUGGAGGGACUAUGGGAAGCUCGGUGAGUGCUGUGUAUGGGGAGUAUGGGAGCAUCACCCGGAGGAUUUGUGUCUUUCAUGAAUGCUACUAUUCCUUCUUCAACCCCAAGAUGACGAGGAAGAAGAAGAAGGUGUUGACUUGA